UCGAAUAUUAUGAUAAUAAUCUAAUACAAUAUUGGCUGGAUCUUGAACGACCAAUCAAUCGACAAAUGUCACUUUCAAUGAAUAAUUUAAAUAUGAAUUUUGCUGUAAAAUUCUAUACAAUCGAACCAUCCAAAUUGGAAGAUGAACUGACAAGAUAUUUAUUUGCAUUACAAGUGAAAAAAGAUUUAUCAUCAGGUGAUCUUGUUUCGAAUGAUAAUACAGCUGCAUUAUUAUCAGCAUAUAUUAUACAGGCUGAAUGUGGUGAUUUCAAUACAAUUGAUUAUCCUGAUUAUCAUUAUAUUUCACAAUUUAAAUUAAUACCAAAUCAAGAUGAUGAUUUUCAAUUAAAAGUUAUGGAAAAUCAUAAACAAUUAAUUGGCCUAUCACCGGCUGAAGCUGAUUUACAAUUUUUAGAAAUUGCCAAAGAUUUAGAAAUGUAUGGUGUAAAAUUAUCAUCGGUUAAAGAUCAUGAAGGUGUACCAUUAAAUUUGGCUGUCGUACAUUAUGGUAUAUUAAUAUUUCAAAAUUAUACAAAAGUUAAUACGUUUGAUUGGCUGAAAAUACGUAAAUUAAGUUUUAAACGUAAAAGAUUUUUUAUUAAAUUACAUCAAGAGGAAUUUUUCGGCGAUGUAUUGGAAUUUGUAUUUCAACAUCGUAAUGAAUGUAAAAAUUUUUGGAAAAAAUGCAUCGAACAGCAUUCAUUUUUUAAAUGUAUUGAAAUUAAACAAAAAACUAGGAAAAAAAUUCGUAUAUUUAGUCACGGGUCUUCGUUUAGAUAUACUGGACGUACACAGCAACAAAUUUCCGAAUUUAUCAAAUCAAACAAUCAAGCCAUUCAACAACGACCAUCAUUUCAAAGAUCGAAUAGCAUGAAAUUUAAUAGCCUACAAAAAGAUUAUUAUCAUGUCAACGAUAAUCAUCAUCACCGUAAUGAAAAUGGUUCAUUAGUGAAUGAAACAAAUGGUGGAACAAUAACCACCAAGACCACCGCUAUACCAGCAACAACAACAAUCCAUAAUCAUAAUAAUUAUCAUAAAAGUUGUGAUACAAUCGAUAAACAAUCAUCAGUAUUUCUCAAUGUUCAAGAUGAUGAUCAACAACAGCAACAAUCAUUUAUCGAUUCAUUUCAUCAAACAUUAAAUCUUUCAACGGUUAAUCUGAAUUCUACGCUAGAAUUUCGUGGAUUUAAACGUCGUAUGAAUCAAGAUUAUUAUGUAUUUCGUGAUCUGGUAAUGUCCGAACGAACUUUUCUUAAAGAUUUAGAAUCAAUGCGUGAUUGGUUUCGAAACGAUGUAUCAAAAGAACCAUCACGUUCAGCCGAAAUGUUAUCAUUAUUAUUAAAUGUAUCCGAACCAUUGAUUGAUUUUCAUGAAAAAUUUUUACACGAUGUUGAAUAUUUACUUUUUAUCUGGGACAAGAAUGGAUUCGAUUCAUUGCCACCACUAAGUACUGUUUUGAAUGAAAUUCUUAAAUGGAUGUCGCAUUAUGAACAAAUAAUCGAACGUUUACCAUUCAUAAUGGAACGUAUUAAUCAGAAUUUUUGUACAAAUAAAGAUUUUGAACAAAUUUGUCGUGAAUUUGAAACAAAAAAAGGUUGCUAUCUACCAUAUACAUCAUUUCUAUUGAAACCGGCAUUUCAUCUAAUAUUUUAUGCUAAAAUUAUUCAAAGCCUCGUUGAACAGCUUAAUAAUUUCAAUCAUGAAUAUUCAAAUACAUUGGAUUCAUUGAUAAAUUUAGUCAUAUUGAUCGAAUUACAAAGAGAUAUUGCCGGUUUUGUUAAUAUUGUUCAAUCGGGAAGGAGAUUUAUACGCGAAGGAUGUUUGAUGAAAUUAUCCAAAAAAGGAUUUCAACAACGUCUAUUUUUUUUGUUUUCCGAUCUAUUAAUCUAUGCUAGUCGUACAACAUAUAUAAAUUUUCAAUUUAAAAUUCAUGGCUAUUUUUCAUUAUAUAAUGUUUUUGUUGAAGAAACUGAACAGAAAUUUGGUCAAACAUAUUGUUUUACUAUUUAUGUUGGUAAUAAAAUACUUAUUUUAGCUGCCAGCACGGAAUCUGACCGCCAAUCAUGGAUACGGGCAAUCAAAGAAUCGGCAAUUGCACAACAACAACAACAACAAAACAAUAAUAAUUCAUUAAUAUCAACAAAUCAAUCAUUACCAUCGAAUGAUUUAUUGGAUAAAAUUGAUUCAGCAUUGAAUGAACAUUGGAAAAAUUUGAAUGAUGCGACCACUAAUACAGCAAUUUCAACGAUGAAUAACGGUAAUAAUGGCGAUGAUAAUCAACAAUUUAGUAUCGAUAACAUACAACAACAACAACAACAACAAUCACGUUCAAAUACAAUUAUACAUGUUUGUUGGCAACGUAAUUGUACGAUAACAAAUUUUGAUUAUCGAUAUGCAUUAACAGUAUCAUUUAGUGGUUAUUUAUUAAGAAAAUUUAAAAAUAGUAGUGGUUGGCAAAAACUUUGGGUAGAAUUUACACAUUUUUGUCUGUUUUUUUAUAAAACGGCCGAGGAUAAUUAUCCAUUAGCAAGUUUACCUGUAAUCGGUUAUACAGUAUCAAUACCAUUAGAUGCUGAUAAUAUGAGUAAAAAUUAUGUUUUUAAAUUACAAUUUAAAAAACAUGUUUAUUUUUUUCGUGCCGAAAGUGAAUAUUCAUUUAAUAAAUGGAUGGAAGUGAUAAAAAAAUCAACAAGU